AUACCCCUUCAAAUAGACAGUUUACUUACGUGUCUUAUUCUCAGGCAGCCCCGCAACCAAGUAUUUACGUCUCAGACCCGUUCCCCACGCUUUCGAUCCCAACGUGCUCACACCUCUCUCUUGAGGUCUCCAUUUUUUUCCCGAGAAUUAUAUUUAAUAUUCCUUUUAUCCAAUCGCUCAUCAGAUCACGGCCAACACUUGGUUCACCGAAUUUGAAUAGAUCUGGAGAACGAACAGGGCGUUUGCCGCGUCGACCGAGGGAGCUCUCCGGAGCCGGUGAUGGCGGCGUCGCCGGAGCAUCGUGAUGAUUCCUCCUCCUUCUCUUCCGUAGAAAUUCCGGUCAAAAAAGAGCUAGAAAUAUGCGUCGAUGCUAAACAGAUAGAUAGUGGCGGAGACUCCCGGGCAGCCGCCAGUGGCGACAAUUCCCGCGCCGGAGUUGAUUUUGCAUUGAAUAACGGUGCUGCUGAGCCUUAUAGCAUUGUUCACCGAAGCUUUUCUGAAGUUGGAGCAUUGCGUGUGGGCACUUCAAACAUUGAAAAGUUGGAUUCAAGCCAGCCUAAAUUGGUAAAAUCAAAAACUGAGGCACCAAGACAUCGGAGCAUACUUGCUGAAGAUGCAGCACAGAUUUUUGACAAUAAGAUGUCUGCCCAAAAGAAGCUUCAAUUGUUGAACAGAAUAGCUACCGUGAAAGAUGAUGGGACUGUGGAGUUCGAAGUGCCAGUAGAUGUUGAUCCCAAUGUUCUUGCUUGUGGAUUAAGAGAUGAACAUAUUGAAGUUGCUGAAGAAGAGUCACCUGAAGCAGAUAUUCAGUGUAUUCCACCACUGCAAGUAGUGAUACUUAUAGUUGGCACACGUGGAGACGUGCAGCCAUUUAUUGCCAUUGGCAAACGCCUCCAGGAAUAUGGUCAUCGUGUAAGAUUGGCAACUCAUUCAAAUUUCAAAGAGUUUGUGCUAACUGCUGGGCUCGAGUUCUAUCCAUUAGGUGGAGAUCCAAAAGUUCUUGCCGGUUAUAUGGUUAAAAAUAAGGGCUUUUUGCCAUCAAACCCUUCUGAGAUUCCUAUUCAGCGAAAUCAAAUGAAGGAAAUUAUCUACUCUCUACUUCCUGCUUGCAAAGAACCUGAUCCUGAUUCUGGUAUUCCUUUUAAGGCAGAUGCAAUCAUUGCAAAUCCUCCAGCAUACGGGCAUACCCAUGUGGCAGAAGCACUAAAAGUACCAGUUCAUAUAUUUUUCACUAUGCCAUGGACGCCAACUAGUGAAUUUCCGCAUCCUUUGUCCCGUGUGAAGCAACCCGCUGGAUAUCGACUUUCAUAUCAGAUUGUUGACUCAAUGAUUUGGCUUGGGAUACGGGACAUGAUCAAUGAUGUUAGAAAGAAAAAGCUGAAGCUACGACCAGUCACGUAUUUGAGUGGUUCCCAAGGCUCUGAUUCCGAUGUGCCACAUGGAUAUAUUUGGAGUCCACACCUUGUUCCUAAACCAAAAGAUUGGGGACCUAAGAUUGACGUGGUAGGAUUUUGCUUUCUUGAUCUUGCAACAAAUUAUGAACCCCCAGAAUCACUUGUAAAGUGGCUUGAAGCUGGUCCUGAGCCUAUUUAUAUUGGAUUUGGUAGCCUUCCUGUUCAAGAACCUGAAAGAAUGACCCAAAUAAUCGUGGAUGCAUUGGAGCAAACAGGACAGAGAGGUAUCAUUAAUAAAGGCUGGGGUGGCCUUGGGAAUUUGGCAGAACCCAAGGACUUUGUGUACUUAUUGGACAAUGUCCCUCAUGAUUGGCUAUUCUUGCGAUGCAAGGCUGUGGUUCAUCAUGGAGGUGCUGGAACAACUGCUGCUGGUCUUAAAGCUGCGUGCCCGACUACCAUUGUACCGUUCUUUGGUGAUCAACCUUUCUGGGGAGAGCGGGUGCAUGCCAGAGGAGUGGGACCUCCACCCAUCCCAGUUGACGAAUUCUCACUUCCCAAGUUGGUUGGUGCAAUAAAAUUCAUGCUAGAUCCAAAGGUGAAGGAGAGGGCCAAUGAACUUGCCAAGGCGAUGGAGAAUGAGGAUGGGGUGACUGGAGCAGUAAAAGCAUUUCUUAAGCAUCUUCAUCACAAGAAGCCGGAGCGCGAGCCAUCACCGGUGCAAUCCAGUCUAUUCUCCAUCAGUAGAUGUUUCAGAUGUUCAUGAAUCUUGUAUGUAUGCUUGUGUAUUCCUCGUUGUGCGUGUCAUGCAGUGUCCUUGGUGUUUUAUUUCCUAAUCUGAAACCCAACGUUCAUGAAUCCGUCCCUCUUUUCAUGUCCCCAUCCCAGCUGCAAUUGUUUUAACCGUCGAGACACGUUUUAGUGUGAAACACAAAAUUUCAUUCGUCUCCAAGGUUGAAGGCCCAUUGUUUUUAGUCUUUGAGCUACAGUCUAUGUAGGUUUGAGGCUUCCAUUCGUCUUUUAAAAACAUGACGCCAUUCCUGUUUUGUAUGCUUGAAAUAAAUGAGUAUUACUCAAAAUUGUGAUAUUUA